AUGACAACCUCUCCACAUGACUGUCAUCUACUACACGCCAGUAGAGCGCCCAUAGGACUCACGUCCUGCGCACUGAGAACAGGCAGCGCUACAAACACCCCAUGGAAGGACCCGGGCGGUGACGUCACUCGGAAGUGUCUGCUACCACAUGGUGCUGAUCCCCGGGCCGGGGUCUUCUGGCAGUGAGUGAUCGAGUGGACAGCCGCCGGCCUGAUUGAUCAGGAUGGAGUACAUGAAGAGAGCCCCCACAAGCAGCCAAGGGAACAUCCUUUGUUGCCAGUGUGGUGUUCCAAUCCCCCCAAACCCAGCAAAUAUGUGUGUGGCCUGUUUACGGACCCAAGUAGACAUCAGUGAGGGGAUACCCAAGCAAGUGUCCGUGAAUUUCUGCAAACAGUGUGAACGCUAUCUCCAGCCUCCAGGAACAUGGAUCCAGUGUGCUUUGGAAUCAAGAGAGCUGCUCACUUUGUGCCUCAAAAAACUGAAGGCUUCCUUAAGCAAGGUGCGUCUUAUCGAUGCUGGCUUUAUUUGGACAGAACCUCACUCCAAGAGGCUGAAACUGAAGUUAACAAUACAGAAAGAGGUGAUGAAUGGCGCCAUCCUUCAGCAAGUCUUUGUAGUUGACUUUGUGGUACUGUCACAGAUGUGUGACGAUUGCCAUAGAGUAGAAGCAAAGGAUUUCUGGAAAGCUGUGGUCCAGGUUCGCCAAAAGGUUCUUCAUAAGAAGACUUUCUACUACUUAGAGCAGAUUAUUUUGAAACACAGACUUCACCAAAACACUCUACGUGUGAAAGAAAUCCACGAUGGGCUGGACUUUUAUUAUGCAUCUAAGCAACACGCACAGAAGAUGGUUGAGUUUCUCCAGUGCACGGUGCCCUGCAGGUCAAAGACUUCCCAGCGACUCAUUUCACAUGAUAUUCAUUCAAACUCUUACAACUACAAGAGCACUUUUUCGAUGGAAAUUGUUCCCAUCUGCAAGGACAAUGUGGUGUGCCUGUCUCCAAAGCUAGCUCAAAGCCUGGGGAACAUGAGUCAGAUCUGCGUAUGUAUUCGGGUAACAAGUGCUGUUCAUCUCAUUGACCCCAAAACUCUGCAAAUUGCUGAAGUCGAUGGGAACACAUAUUGGCGGCAUCCUUUCCACAGCUUGUUUCAUCCUAAACAGCUGGAGGAGUUCAUUGUGAUGGACACAGACAUUGUUAGAGACCGGAAACAAGGACCAGGAGCUGGAGGAAUAUCAAACAAGCAUACCCUCGCUGAAGUUUGGGUUCAGAAGACAUCAGAGAUGAACACAACCCAGCAGUACCACUGCCGCACUCAUCUGGGCAAUCUGCUGAAUCCAGGAGACCUGGUGCAUGGGUUUGAUUUAGCAAACUGUAACCUGAAUGAUGAAUUUAUUAACAAGAUGAACCCUCAUCACGUACCUGACGUGGUUCUAAUCAAGAAGAGUUAUGACCGUACCAAACGUCAGAGGCGGAGAAAUUGGAAGCUGAAAGAGCUAGAAACAGAAAAGGAAGGCAUGGACUCGGAUGAUGAAAGACAAUAUCAAGAUUUCCUUGAAGAUCUAGAGGAAGAUGAAAUUAUGCGGAAAAAUGUUAACAUUUACAAAAAUGCUAACAUUCCAGUGGAGAGUGACACUGAUGAGGAGGGCGCUCCCAGAAUCAGCCUGGCAGAAAUGUUAGAAGAUCUUCAUAUUUCUCACGAUGCCACCGGUGGGGAAGGGGCAGAAAUGCUGACAGAAUAGACUUGCUUCAAAGCAUCCCGCUGGUGCCUUUCAUAGAAGAGGAUUUAAAAUGUGUCCAAUUUAAUUUGAACUCUCUAAAACGUGCGCUCAUACAUAUUCUCUCUGAACUUGGAUUACUGUACACUAAGCUCUUGUGUGUUUUCCCUUCCGACUGCCAAAUAUUAAAAUAACAAAUGUUUAA